UUCAGGAAUUAACCUAUCGUUUGCUAGGGUUCCCGUUUACUUGUUUUAUUUUUUUAUUAGCUAUUUAUUAUUGGAUUUUGUUUCUGCCGGGUAAGGAUAGGAAGACGUUGUUUCUACUUGAGACAAAGAUAAAGAUCCUGCAAGAUGAGUUCUUUGAAUCACAUUUUAGUUGAUCUGGAUAUAGAAAGCGUCUUACAAUGCCCAGUUUGCUUUGAAAUUCCACCAUCAACUAUUUUUAUGUGUAAAGUUGGGCAUCACAUGUGUGAAAGGUGUAGAUUGAGACUUCAAACAUGUCCAACAUGCAAGGCAUCGAUAACUAGCUGUCGAAAUUAUCUAGCAGAAUCACUGUCAAACAAGUUCUCAAUCCUAUUAAAAGGUAGUGGAGAUGGAGAUGUGAUAAAUAAUUUGAAUGAACAAAUUAACGUCUACUUAAAUAAAAAAGCAAUCUGUGAACAAGUGAAUCAACUCAAACGACUGCCAAACCCCACAGGAAUGUACAAGUGUUUGUUAGAAUCAUGUUGUAACAGAAGUGAAAUGGCUGUCACACUUUUGUUUGCACACAUUAAGAAAGUACAUCCACACCUAUUUGACACGUUCAAGAACACAACUGCUACAUUCACACACAAGUUUGAGAACUUCUGCUACAGAAAACACCAGACAAAAUAUCAUCGAGCUUUUAGUGUAACAAACUUGGGAUUGUUCUUCCUCAACCUUGAAACGUUGCAGGAUCAAUACAUUAACUGUUGGAUCUCUGUACCAGCCCCACUAAAACAAUGCUCUCUUUUCCAAUGUGAAUUGGUGUUUACCAAAGAACUCGACAACACCAAAAAUUUGAUUUUCAGUAGCAAGGUGGGGUCAAACUCUCAUGGAAAAGAAAAGGCAUUUGAGACUGGAAAAGUCUUCGUCAUACCACCAGAAGACCACUUGAUGAAGGAUGGUGAAUUCUUCUCUAUAAACGUCAAGAUUGUGUACACAAAACCAAAUGAAAACCCGAAUCCAACAUCAUAGGAGGAGGAAAUGAAUAAUGCAACCAAAAAAUUGCUCAAGUCUACUAAUGAUACCUAACAGUUGUAAUACCUUAUGUGAUACCUAAUACCAGUUGUGAUACCUUAUAGUUAUAAGGCAUGUUUUAAAUCUAGUUACUGUUUUGAAGUUAUAGCAGUUUCUCAAUAGUCUGACUGUAGCAAGCAGACUGAAUCUAUUACCGUAAAAAAUAAAUAAGCCGUUAAUUAUAUAUUAACGAUUUUGUACCGUAUGGUUUUGUUCAAUGGGUCACUCUGUUAUGGUGCAAUUCUGACAUGAAUUAGGUAUCAUGUUAGUUGUGUGUGGUAAUUUUUCAUUAAUGCACAGUGAACCCCCUUGGGACUGUCUGGCUAGUUUCAAUUUGUCUUCCAUUCAUAGAAUUCUCAACAUAAGUACCUGACAAGUUCCUUUUUAAUUUUAUAUUUUAACUUUUUAAUACUUUACAUAUCAUUUUUCCAGUGAACAUGACUGUUCUUGGAAAACGAUUAUAGAAUUUUAUGAGGUCCAGCGGAACCAUGAGAGGUUCUACUGCAUUUUACAUUCAACUAGUAUUUUACGAGUUGACAUUAGUUUUUUUAAAUGUUAAACACUGUUUAUUUACCUGUUUUGUAAAUUUUUAAAGGGUUUGUUUGCAAUAAUAAAUUUAAGUGCAAUUUUAUUUUUCAGCUUUUUAAACCUUGUAUUUAGUAUUAGUAUUAUUGUAUUUAGUAUUAUUUUAUUUAGUAUUA